AAGUCUCGUUAACGUGUUGUGUUCUCGCGAGAGUAAGUAACGGUAACUGUUGAAGAAGACAAAACGACGUUUGUUACGGUUUUUUUGCAAAAACUAGUUUUUUGACGAACGAAGAAGACUUUUGUUUCCCUUUUUUUUUGCUGUGGUUUGGGGAUUUGCCGUCCAUAUGUGCUUAUUAUUUAAGUCUUACGUAAUCCUUUUUUCACGAGUGUGGUAGGGUAAAACAAACAAAGCUACCAAGAUGAUGUGGCACGAAGCUCGUAAGCAGGAGCGGAAGAUACGAGGUUUAAUGGUGGAUUACAAGAAAAGAGCUGAAAGGAGACGAGAGUAUUAUGAAAAAAUUAAACAGGACCCUACUCAAUUUUUACGGGUAUAUGGACGUCCAUAUAAGAUACAUUUGGACCCUGCUGUUGCAUUAUCUGCGGAAUCACCCCAAAGCAUGAUGCCAUGGCAAGGUCAGACGGACAACAUGAUUGAUCGUUUUGAUGUUCGAGCUCAUCUUGAUUUCAUCCCUGAGUAUAAGUCAGCUCCUCCCCUACCAAUGACUAAAGAGGAAGAGGAAGAAGAAAGGAAAUGUUCUUAUGAAAGAUACAGAACUUUGGUAGAAAAUGAAUGUGCUGGUUUGAAUGAAGAACAAUGUUUGCAUCAGAUAUACCUUGAUGAGCAGUUUGGACCCAUCAGAAGGUUUCCUGAUGACGAGAAAAGAAAGUUGGCUGAUAAAAAAGCUGCUAUUGGUUUCACCUAUGAAGAUAGUAAUGCACCAAUUGUUCGAGAGGAGGAAGAGGAUGACAGCAGUGAUACAGAUGUGGAAACAGCUGAUCUGGAUGUCACUCUCGAUGUUGAUGCCCUCACACCCGACCAGCUAAAGAUACUAAACCAAUGUGCACAACACUAUGGUAUGCAUGAUGAUGAUUAUGUCAGAUAUUUACGUAAAGACAAAGAAGAACUCGAAGCACUAAGACAAGCCAAAUUGUUAGAAGAAGAAAAGGCCCAGUUUGCUGGUCGCAAAUCCCGACGAGAAAGAAGAGCUUAUAAAGAGAAAAAACUUCAAGGAAGGAAAAUAAGCCCACCAAGCUAUGCAGCUAGAGCCAGUCCAAAAUAUGAACCAUAUAAACGGUCAUCAUCGUCUUCAAAAUCUCGCUCUCGAUCUCCAGAGAAUGCUGGUAAAGUGAUGUACAUAACCAGCUUUGGUGGUGAAAGUGAGGAGGAAUCGGCAGCUUUAGGUUCUACGACUCAGUCUCAUUCUCACAGUCACAGUGACCGUCUGUCCACUAAAGGAGUCAGUAGCUCAACAACAGGAGGAAGUAGUUCACGGAAUCGAUCAUGGUCAGCAUGUUUUUCGGACAAGAAAAGCUCACGAUUCAACCGAAAGCCCUCUACAAGUACUAAUCGAUAUCGGCAUCGCAGUAGAUCUCCUCCAGCACGCACACAAUCGAAAUACCGUCGGAGGCGAAGCCGGUCACGUUCUGCGUCCAGAUCGAGGUCACGUUCAAAUCCAAGAAGUCACACUAACAAUUACAGACGAGACAGGUGGCGGCACACUCGAUCGCGCAGCCGGUCCAGGUCGCGGUCCAGAGAAUGGAGACGGUCUCAUUCCAAUUACUAUAAUGACCGUGGUUCGCGUAACCAGCGUAGUCGGUACCAAGCGAGGCGACGGUCUCGCUCUCGUUCAAGUAAAUCUUCUCGGUCCUCUCGUUCGAGGUCAUCAUCACGGUCUAAAUCACCAAGUUCCCACUCAAAAUCCCGAUCUAAGACACAUUCUCCUCAGCCCAAAGUAAAACCCCGUUCUAAGUCAAAAAGUCCUGUACCACCAGCACAAACACUUCCAAAACCUGUAGUAAAACGCUACAGGCGAGCUAGUCUUUCAUCUAGUGCUGAGGACUCACAGUCAGAUUCUGACAGCAAUAAACUUGCAACAGGAUCUACUACGGAGACUACAACCACUACAUCUGUUAGUACUACUACCACUACUUCAACAACAACUACACCGACUACAUCAACUGGAUCAGCAGUUUCUACCCCAAAGACCAAAGAUAGCAGAGUUCCUGCACCAAAUCUGUUGGGUAAAGCCACUGUAGAUUCUCAAGCUUCUGGCUCAGCUUUGACACCAAAAGAAAGAUUACGUCGGAGGAUGCAAGCCGCAUUAAACAGGCAGUACAAAGCAGACAAAAGGGCUGAAAUACAGAAGCAAGAACGUGUGGAACAAGAAAGACAGGAUCGAGAAGAUGAGCUGAGGUCACGUGUUAUGGAAAUGCGUCGCCGUGAGCGAGAAAGACGGCAUCGUGAACUGGAGGAGUUGGAAAGAGAUCGUCACUCGCAGAAGUACAGUAGUUCUUCAGAAAGUGAUAACUGGAGCUACUCAAGAUCACCUGAACACUACUCAAGAAGGUCUCGGUCCUGGUCACCCCGACGCUCCAGAUCUAAGUCUCGUUCUACAUCCAGAGACAGAGGACUUGUUGACUACUAAGAAGAGCGAGGAAGAAACCUUCAAUCUGACAAGCAUCUCUCUCUCUCCCUCUCUCUCUCUAUCUCUCCCUCUCUCUCUCUCCCUCUACACACACACACACAAAGUCCUAAGUUCCUCGUAAACAAUAUCACUUUCACAGUUUGACUAAAGCUAUUCUUUCAAAGUCUCCAGCAUUGAGACGAAGCUAUUUAGUUGUUUUGUGGACAUGUAACCAAGGAGAACAACAGGACGUCUGAUGGUUGUGGCCAAAAUAACUUAAAUACAAAGUGGACCAGAUUGCAAUUGACAAACAACUUAAAUAUUGCUCUUUUUUUUCCUUUACAUUUUUUAAUGGGAAAGAAUUAAAUGAAAUAAACAUAAAAAUAAAAACUAUU